UGAUUGUCAGAAGGAAGGAAAUCGAAAAUGAUUUGAUAACGAUGUGGGGGAAACUACAAGGUGCUAUUGACAGGUUUUCUAAGAUUGCACAACCUGGUGAAGAACAAGAAGCAACAAACAGUAAACCAAGAAAAUUCACUUAUGGCCGUCCUGAAUUCUUGCAACUUAAUGAUGAUGAAGUACAAGUUUGUCAAGAUAUCUAUACACGACCUAUUAUUGUUCCUAGAGAUGAAAUGCUGUUACUUAGGACAUCUGGAUAUGCUGAGGUUAUAAAUGGUGGAAAAAGUAAAUUAAAUGAAGACCAAUCUACAUCCAAACAAUUUUUUAUCAAGAAGAAAUCAGUAAGAAAUGGUGCAGCAUCCACAGAAAUUCCACUGGAACCAAUAACAGAUGGGGGACCAAUGAAUGAGAUUCCAGUGACCUACUUUGCAAUAUUUGAUGGACAUGCUGGCCCUGAUGCUGCAGUGAUGGCUUCUAAAUUGUUACAUAAACUAAUUGAGGAAAAGUUGAAUGGUGUAAAAGACUUUAUUUUUGAAAUAGCAGGUCCUACCAAAGGACAGCUUGGAGAUUCAAAGCACGAUUCAAAAUCCAUAUCUAUCCAUAGUUUAGUCAUUGGUGCACUGGAACAAUCUUUUAUUUCAAUGGACCAACAAAUAAUAGACGAGAAACAGAACUAUACAAUAUCAGGAGGUUGUGCUGUAAUUGUUGCUUUAUUUUUACUGGGUAAACUCUACAUUGCCAAUGCUGGAGAUUGCAGAGCAAUCUACUGUAACAAGAAAGUAACUGUACAGUUAUCCAAUGAUAUGACACCUCAUUAUGAAAGACAGAGGAUAAUGAUACAGGCCAUGACACGUCCAGAAUUAAUUGGAGAAGACUUCACUUACAACGAAUAUACAAGACGAAUAACCAGGAACGAUAUUGGGAAAAGAAUACUGUAUAGAGGGCCAAUGAUGACUGGAUGGUCUUACAAAGUAGCUGAUGAAGAUGAUUUGAAAGUCCCAUUAAUAUUUAAACUUGGAGGAAAGUCGAGACUUAUGCAGACCAUUGGUGUUUCUAGAGGUUUUGGGGACCAUGAUUUGAGAGUUUUCGAUUCAAGAAUAUAUUUAAAACCACUUUUGUCUGCUGUCCCAGAGGUAAAGGUAUUUGAUCUGAAAUCCAAUGUAGAAGAUGCUGUAUUAGUAAUGGCGUCUGAUGGAUUAUGGGAUGUUAUAACAACAGAAGAUGUGAGAACUACAGUAUAUAAUGUGUUGAAUCAGAGUAGGAAGGAUGAUCCUAAAAGAUUUAAUGCAGUUGCUCAAGAAUUAGUGAUGCAAGCCAGAGGUACCCCAAUCCAUGGAAUGAAUGGUUGGACUAAGAAAGAUGGAACUGCUGGAUCUUUUGAUGAUAUUACAGUAUUAGUUAUACCAUUGGGAGAUGGGGUGUAAUUUAUGUGCAAUCAAAUUUUUAUUGGACUGGAUGGAUAUUUGAUGUACAAUUGUGUAUCCAGGUGCAUAUAAAAUGAAAAAAUGUGUUCAUAUAAAGAUGUGAUGAAAGUCUAGUCAACAUGAGAAUCAAAACUUCCAUAGUAUUGCCCUACUGAAACUUGCUGUUCUAUAUUACCUUAAAAAUGUAUUGAUAAUUGUUUUAAUGUUUUCAUAUUUUAAGCAUUCCAAAUAAUUUGAUACUUUAAAUAAAGUCUUGUUACCUACAUAAACUAAAGAAUGAUGAUAAUACUUGGUAUACAGUUGUAUGGUCAUUGGCAUAUCUCAUACCUAAAGGGAUUAUUUGACCUUGGUUCAUUGUCUUUAAAAAGUUUUUCAUUGUUACAAGUUAAAGUGUUGCCAUUUUAUUUUUUUCAUUUGCAUUAUACUGUCAAAGCUACAUAUAUGCCACAGUGUCAACAGUUUAUUACAUAUUGGGAUAAUUUUAGAUGUGUAGCAGUACUUUUUAUGUAGGGUGUCCUUAUUUUCAAAUUGGACCAAUUUUAGCCAAUUUUGCUCCUCAGACUAAUUGUCUGUGAUUUUUCCAACAUGAUUGGAUAUAUACUUUCCUUGCUUGCAUUCAAAUAGAUGCUCCCUAAAUAUUUGAUUCACUGCACCUGCUUUCUUCACAGCAUGCUUUGCUAAGCACAAAUAUUUGUUUAUGAAAAUAUUAACCUUGUUGCAGUCAUACAUUUGUUAUACUGGUUUAUUCUUCAAAAUAUGAUAGUAUUUAUUGAUUGUGAAUCUAUUCCAAUGUAUGGUUGGUUGUGAUUUUAUGCAUGCAAGUAACAAAAAAUAUUAGUUAAGCAAUUUUUCAUUUUUUCUGCACCUUUUUUGUGCAAUUUUAAGCAUACACUAAAAUAUUUCAAUUCAGCACAAUUUAUUAUAAUGUAGGACCUAAAGAUGCUUAAGGUCAAGUGUAGUUUGAACUGUAACAUGAUUUCAAUGGAGAAGCUGUAUUAUAUUGUAAUUUACAGUUUAAUUAUCAAUGAUUAUGUUUGUUAGAAGAAAGAUUUUUGGUAAAUGGAACCUGCAGUUUGUUUUUGUUUUUGACACAAGUGAAAAUUGUUUCUAAUUAUUCUUGGGUUUUUUAAAACCACAAGAAACCAUUUUAUAUUUUCACCUUGAUUUUUACACAGGAUGGUGUGUUAAAAGAAUGUACAAUUUUAUCCAAUAUAGUGCCAAAACUUAGUUGUGCCAACAUUUAUUGAUAUGCAGGCAAUCUUUAUUGUCUUAACAACAUAAAUUACUAAUUAAAUUAUAAUGUGAUUUCUGAAAUGAGAAAAUACUUUUAAAAUAUCUACAAUUAUAAAAAAAGGUGUUUCUAAAAAUAUGAAUUAUGUGGAAUUAAACAAUUCGAAAUAUCCUAUUUCAUUAUUAAUUUGCUGAAUAACAUACUUUAGAAGUUCAUAAGACAUUACAAUGUAUCACUUUUAAUCAUCAAUAAUUUGUGUUUAUACAUGUUUAAAUUAGGGCUUUGAACCUUAUGCAUUUUGUGUCAAACUACAAAACAUUGCCAUUAAUUAUAUUUAGAUGUGAUCUAAGGCUUUACUCAAAGUAUAUUUUGGUGGGAGAUGUAAUUUUGAUACCAAGAUGCAAAUAUGUGUAAAAUAUCUUUUUGUUUUCAGCCUUGUCUCAUAUCUAUUUUGACCAAAAACCAUUUGUUAAAUGACCAUAAUAGGCCAAUAUGUCAAUUUUUACAUGUUAAUGACAUCAUAGAAUCAUCGCUAGUGACCUUUAUGCACUAAAAGUAUAGCAACAUGUUCAUUUAUGCAUAAUAUUAACAUAAUAUAGAAAGUCGUGAAUAUUUUUCUUUUUUUUUUUCAAUUUAAGGGGCCAAAUAAUGAAACUAAUCAUACCUUCUUCUUUAAAUCUUCUUCAAAAUUGUUAUUGAGUUAGAUUUCCCUACCCAUGUUAUGGGCACAAGACAGGUAGUCACUUCACCAGUCGGCAUACAAAUUAAACAAUUUAAAAAAGAAUGGUUUGUCAUUGUCUGUAGAAACACAUUUGGUUAAAAAUUUUAACUUAUAAUCAACAAAAACUGUUAAAUAACCUUUUUUAGAUCUUGUUAUUACUAUUAAGAAAUGAUCAACAUAUAAACCCCAAAAGAUGUUUUGCUUCAAAAUAUAGUUUACAUAAAUGUUAAUGUUAAAAAAAUUCAGGGUAAAACUUGCUCAUAGAAAUUUUGACAAAAAACUAUGCAUGAAAUACACAGGCAGUUGUCUCAAAAAAAUGAGAUGAAUGCAAAAAAACAUCCCGUUGACCGACUUCUGAGGCCUGCUACUAAUGAUCCUGACAACAAUGAUAGUCGUGUCAUAUACCAUUGUGUAGAUAAAUCAAUUUAGAUAUACGGCAUAUGAAGUUUAGGUAGGUUUGACAACCGAGAAAUAAAAAAAAAUAACGGAAAUUUGGGACUGGGUGUCAUUAUUCAAAAAAAUA